AUGGUGAGAAUCGCAGUUGCUGGAGGGUCAGGCAACGUCGCACUGGAGAUCAUCGACGCUCUGGUCGCGACUAACCGCCACAGCAUCCUGAUCCUGUCUAGGAAGGAGCCUGAUGGCAAUGAGCAACGACCUCAUGUCACUGGGGCUAUGACAGACUACCAGAACACACAACAGCUUGACCAGAUCUUACGUGGUGUUCAUACUGUACUGUCGUUCAUCACCACACAGUCGGAUACGGACAAUACCGCGCAGAAGAACCUCAUCGAUGCUGCGAUUCGGGCGGGAGUAAAGCGCUUUGCGCCCAGUGAGUGGGCUACGUCGAGUUUCGAACACAUGCCGUGGUACCAGGGUAAAGGCGUCAUCCGCCAAUAUCUACAGGAGAUCAACAAGGAGAAGAAGAUCCUCGAAUACUCCCUCUUCAUCCCAGGCCUCUUCACAAACUACCUCGCCCAUCCGCACAAAUCAGCAGAACACUUCAAGUCCUUCGAAACGCACAUCGACUUUCAGAAUUGUCGGGCUCUCGUGCUGGAAGGUGGCGAAAAUGAUUGUAUCACACUCACCACCGCACAAGACCUCGCGAACAUCGUAGUCAAGGCCGUCGAGUAUCAGGGCGAAUGGCCGGUUCUUGGUGGGAUCAAAGGCACAGAGCUAUCGAUACAGGAAUUGACUGAAAUAGGGGAGAGAGUUCGAGGCAAAUCCUUCACAAUCACCACCCUCCAACGCGCAGACCUCGAAGCGGGCAUCACGAAAUCCUCCUGGCUGCCGAUGAUAGAUCAUCCAGGCAUGCCGAACGCCCAAGAGCUCGCGUCGGAACUCAGCGCGGGUAUGAUCUUGGCCAUCUCGGCGGGUGCGCUGAAUACGACGGAUGAGUGGAAUCGGGUGUUUCCCGAGUAUACAUUCAUGAGUGCUGAGAGGUUUUUGGAGGGGGUUUGGAAGGGGAAGGAUUGA